AUGUACCUCCAAUCCCUCACCACCACCCUCCUCCUCCUCCUCUCUCCCCUCCUCCCCGCAACCGCAGCAACCCCAAUUUCGGACGAAUACACCCUCCUCAACUGCCCCAAUACCACCACCGCCGCCACCGCCACCCCGGCCGAACAACUCGCCGCCUGGACGGAGUUCACCGCGCUGAUGUACACCGAACAACGCAUCGCCACAGCCCUAGCCAAAUACGUCGCGGGGAAAUACAUCAACCACUCGCCGCUGGUGGCCGCCACCGGGGUCAACGAGACCGUCGCCGAGUUGAGCGCCGUCGUGCCCGACGUGGACUCGCAGCUGCAGCGCGCCUUCGUCGGGUGGGAUGCAGCGGGGAAUACCUUUGGGGUGGCCCAUACGAAAGUGAUUCCGCGGGAUGCAACCGGGGAGGCCGGGGAGAAAGCGCUGGUGGACAUUAUUCGCAUGGUGGGGACGUGUAUGGUUGAGCAUUGGGAUGUCGAGCAGGAGGUGGGGGAGGCGGGGAGUGGGAAUCCAAUUGCUUUUUUCUAG